AUGUCUGAAGCCAUUAAGGCUCCUCGAAUGUUCACACCUUGUGAAUGGCUAUGCUCAAAUAGAAUCAAACACAGUGAAGCUGAUGCUGCUCGAGAGUCUGCCCAAAAUGUGGCUUUUGAAAAUGAAGCGUUGAUGAACGAAAUAAAGGAUCGCACCAUUAAAACUAUGCAGGACGUUGAUGAGAAAUUAGAUCAGCGAAUAACAGAUAUAUCAUUUUGGAUGAGUGAACUGACGAAGAAAAUUAAGGACAAUGCAAAUGAAUCCGACAAACUGAUUUCUUGCAUUGUUCGCUUGAAAAAGGCACUAGAAGCCACAACAGAACCACUGUAUUUAUCUGAGAAGUGUAUCACCAUAAGACAAGCUCGAAAGGGUUCUGACUUCGUAGCUGAUAAUGCACACAAUGAACUUGUGAAAGAAAUUGCUGUAUUUAAUGGAGUACGUGCAUUACUGACUCGCGGAAUAGAACAAACGGAAGAGCAGCUGAGGCUCAACCGGAAAUCGGCAUUCAAUUUGAAGUCGGAUUUUCGUGGAAAAGAAACAGCUAAGAAUCGAGAUGAGUACGCAAAAACAAUUUCGACCUACGACAAUAUCCCAGAGGUUACAAAGUGUUACCCGGCUCCCGUUUCUUCAUGCAGUAUGGAUGAGUGGCUCCUUCAAUUAAAGAAGAAUCUUGAGGAGGCAGACCGACAAAUUCAAAACUCCCGCCAGACACGUAGCCUUGUUGAGGGUGUUCUGAUACAAGUAUUUGAGGACCAGAAAGAGCAAGUAGAUGCAACAAAUCGAGCCAUCCAAAUUCGGGUUGGUGAGACACGCGACGCUAAACGCAAGCUGGAAGAACACCUUUCCUUGAUAUUCAAAGAGAUACCCAACAUGGAGGAUAACAUUCGCGAUAUUAAAAAGUUGAUCUGUGACACCUUAAAAUCCGCCGAAAUAACGGAGACAAAGACGAACAUAAGAGAUUGCAGACCGUUGAAUGAGCUCUGUAGAGAUGCCCCACAUUACAGAAUGCUUAAACAAAUUGAGGAACUAAAAACGGACAUAUCGACACUUCGGCAAAUGCUUCAUGAUGCAGAGGAAGAAUUGAAGGCGCUCCGUAGAAGGCAACUUGACCUCGAGGAAGAGAUACAGAACAAAACAAACUCACUUCACAUUGAAGAGGUUAGAAUUCUGGAAAUACGAUCAAGCAUCUCGAUCGAAAAGUUCUAA